AUUUCUCAUUUUCUUUCUAGACGUAAGAUGUUUUAGUUUUAUCUUAAUCAGCGUCUUUUCAUUUUUUUUAUUUUAUUUUUGGAAAUGGAUGAAGAUGUCGUAGAUAUUGAGUCUCGUAUGACUCGUAGAUCAUUAAUAAUGCCCAAACUACCAAACGUUUUAACUUUAGAAGAGAAAAAAUAUCUUUUAGCGGUGGAAAGAGGUGAUUUAGCCAACGUUCGAAGGAUAUUACAGAGAGCGCAGAAAAGACCAGGCACUCUCGAUAUUAAUUGUAUGGACAGUUUAGGUAGAGGAGCUUUAACGAUAGCGAUCGAUCAAGAAAAUUUAGAAAUCGUUGAAAUAUUAGUGGUCAUGGGAGUUGAGACUAAAGAUUCUCUUUUGCACGCCAUAAACGCGGAAUUCGUCGAGGCAGUCGAGCUACUUUUGGAACACGAAGAGCUCAUCCAUAAAGAAGGAGAACCAUACAGUUGGCAAAAAGUCGAUAUUAACACGGCUAUGUUCACGCCAGAUUUAACCCCGCUCAUUUUGGCUGCUCAUAGAAACAAUUAUGAGAUCCUGAAACUCUUAUUGGAUAGAGGGGCCACUGUUCCCAUGCCUCACGAUAUCAAAUGCGGAUGUAACGAAUGCCUACAAAAAUCAGAAGAAGAUUCGCUCAGACAUUCUUUAUCUAGAUUAAACGAGUAUAAAGCCCUUGCCAGUCCGUCCCUUAUCGCCCUUUCCUCUAGCGAUCCUUUAUUAACGGCUUUUCAGUUGUCUUGGGAAUUGAGGAAUUUGGCAUUUGCCGAACCUGAAUGUAAAUCUGAAUACAUGGAUUUGCGAUUACAAUGUCAACAGUUCGCCGUUGAUUUGUUACAUCAAUCUAGAAAUUCGCAAGAAUUGGCGAUAAUACUGAAUCACGAUCCGGAAAAUCCCCCUUACCAAGAAGGGGAGCACAUGAAAUUAGCUAGACUAGAAUUAGCUAUCCAAUAUAAACAAAAAAAGUUUGUAUCUCAUCCGAAUAUUCAACAGCUGUUGGCCGCUAUUUGGUACGAGGGCGUUCCGGGUUUUAGACGAAAAUCUAACAAAGAAAAAAUUAUGAUAAUCGUGAAAGUAGCACUACUAUUUCCUUUUUACUGUUUAUUAUACAUGGUGGCGCCGGAAACUAAAACGGGAAAACUUAUGAGGAAACCUUUCAUGAAGUUUUUAAUUCAUGCUUCUUCGUACCUUUUUUUUCUGUUGCUACUGAUUCUAGUAUCACUUAGAGCCGACGAUUUGGUUUUAGAAUAUUUCGGAUCGGAUACAAUGCGAGAUUACGUUAGACAAAAAUAUGACAGACAAAGAGGAAACCCACCAACUAUAUUAGAAUACGCGGUCCUGUUGUACGUCAUAGGAUUCAUUUUCGAGGAAACCCAAGAGAUAUUUGUGGAAGGGAUAAAUUCGUAUUUAAGGAACUUAUGGAACUUCAUCGAUUUCACGAGGAACGUUUUAUAUACGGCGGUUUUCUUUUUACGUAUCGCGUCGUAUUUUCAACAAGCCGCCGAAAUUGAAAACGACGAAGAAACCGCUAAAAUCAGAAGGGAAAAUUGGAACGCUUUCGAUCCGCAGUUGAUCGCCGAAGGAUUAUUCGCCGCCGCUAAUAUUUUCAGCGCCUUGAAAUUAGUUCACCUUUUUUCUAUAAAUCCGCAUUUGGGACCGCUCCAAAUAUCUUUGGGUCGGAUGGUUAUUGAUAUAGUUAAAUUCUUCUUCAUCUAUUCGUUGGUACUUUUCGCUUUUGCUUGCGGUCUAAAUCAAUUAUUGUGGUACUUCUCCGAUCUGGAGAAACAGAAAUGUUAUCAUCUGCCUAAUGGAGAACCGGAUUUUGAUGGCGCUUCCGAUUCUUGUAUGAAAUGGAGGCGAUUCGCUAAUGUAUUCGAAUCGUCCCAAUCGCUUUUUUGGGCCAGUUUUGGUAUGGUAGAUCUCGAUAGUUUCGAAUUGACCGGUAUAAAAACGUACACGAGAUUUUGGGGUCUACUGAUGUUCGGUUCGUACAGCGUCAUCAACGUUAUCGUUCUCCUGAAUCUUCUCAUAGCCAUGAUGUCUAAUUCUUAUGCUACUAUCGAUGAACAUUCGGAUACCGAAUGGAAAUUCGCCAGGACGAAACUAUGGAUGAGCUACUUCGAAGAAACCGGCACCCUACCGCCACCUUUCAACAUUUUCCCGAAACCGAAGAUGCUUUUGAAAAUGUUCGGGCUACGAAAAAAGGACAAACUUAAAAAGAUGUCGACUAAAAGGAGGAAUAGAGAAGAGAAAGAAAGAGAUUAUAGGUACACGGCUGUAAUGAGGGCGUUAGUUUGGCGAUACGUUUCGGCGAAACAUAGAAAAUGCGACGAAUCUUCGGUCACCGAAGACGAUAUCAACGAAUUGAAGAGUGAUAUUUCUUCGUUCCGGUACGAAUUACUGGAAGUUUUAGGUAAAAACGGAAUGGAUAUUUCGUGCGCCGAAAAAAAAGACAAAGCUAUAUUAGGUCGGAAAAUGAAAGUUUGGGAAAGGAGAUUAAUGAAAGAUUUCAAAGUAGCUCCGGUAUCGCAAGACGAAGAAGUAAACUUGGAAUUAUUCGCACCACCACCGGAAAACGAAAGCUCCCUAGCGAGAUUCAGAAGAGUUGCCAGAUUGGCCGUUCUCGAUUCUAAUACUCUAAAAUGGAGACAAGUUGUUAAAAGUGCCCAAAUAGCUUCACAAAUUGGUCGAUGCCAUCGAAAAGAUGAAUUGAAGAAACAAAAAAAUCUACAACGGGCCAUCGCCGAAGCGCAGCGUUUAGCGAAUUCCAAAAGUCCGGAUAAUAUUUCCGGUACAUCGACACCGAUCAUUCUACCGGAUUUAACUGGAACCGAUUUAGUUCGAUUAAUAAAAGGGGAUGAUACUUCAGAUAAAUCCAAGAGAAGCUACGCUUUAAGUCCGAAUAUUUCUAUCAAAAACCAAAUACCUAAAUCUUUAACGCCCACUAUAUCUAUUAAAUCACCAUGUAAUGGUGUCGAUAGAGAAAUAUCGACUUCGCCAUAUCGAAAACGAGAUCUCAUAGAAUUCGAUAGUGCUAAACAAUCCCCAGUGAAAAAAUCAGAAGAAUCAUCUUCUGUCGAUUCUUUAGAUCGAAUCCUCGACAACAUACAAUUUUCGGAAACUGAUUACACUGAUACGGUCACUUCACCUCCGAUAAUAGUGUCUCCACCUUUGGACGAACUUGAAAGUCCUGGAAAACAUUCGCUCAAUUCGUUGGUUCAUUUGAAACCUAGAAGUGAAAUCGACGAUAUUUUGGGAGAAGAUUGGAAUUUGUCUAUGGACGAAAAAUCUAUUGAAGACGAAAUUGAAUCUUUACCAAGACCUACUAGUCCGAUUCCAAAGUUACUAGAAGAAGAAGAAGAAGAAUCGAUUCCGUUAUCAUCUUUAGAUGGGAAAACAGGAGAAGAAAUACCGCGAAGUAUAUUGAAAGAUGAAAAUAGUCCACGACGAAUUAGUGAUGAAAUAACUGGAGAAGAAACUGAAAAUAAAGCGCGGGAACAAGAAGAUGAAGAUAAUUUAAAAGUUGACGAGGAAACAACACCGGAAUCAUCGAUUGCGAUAGCAGCGAAACCUGUUAAAUUAAAACCGGUAGUGACGUUUGCGGAUGAAUCGUCUCCUUCGCAAAGCCCCGCGACUACACCUAUGAGUCAAAGAAAUAUUCAACGGGUUCACGCGAAAAGAACUCAGCCCAAAUAUGGCUGGUUAUAAUCCAUUUAAAUUGUUUCGAAUUUACUUUAUUAAAUAUAUUAUACUUGAA